UCAUGGACGAGUACAAUAAAUAGCGGAUUGACUUUGUACACACAGGGCAUUGGCGAAAGCCGCAUCGCGCACACUCCACAGUCGCUGAUUUGGACUACCAGACGAUCGCGUAAAAGCUCAAGAGCAGGCCUCUCGAUUUGGACUUUGAUAGGGAUCGCUUCUUAAGUUCGGCCAUCAGAAAGUUUAGUACUAUUCGACAGAUUGCAACAAUGCAUUCGAGGCGCGGGGACGUUGAGAUGGCUCUCCUGCUCUGUUUGGUGGGCUUUGCUGCUGCACAAGAGCCGGUACUUGGCAAUUUGGAGCUUCAGGGGCGCAGGAUACUGCAGGCUCCGUACUCACAGACAUCAACUCCAUACGAGACUGCUUGCAAGUUGGUUGCCAUUGGCAGUAGCGAUGGGACCGGAAUUGCUGACGGUAGCAUCACCUGCACUGGGCCUGGAACGCCCGUGAUGCUCUCUGUCUCUGCAGAUCUGAAGAGGUUUUCCAGCAAGUUCACCGGCGUGACCACCUCUGAUACAGUCCCCAGCAGUGCUGCCAUUCUGGAGAUCAGCGACACAGUCAAUGUCGCGAUUGUGAACUCAGAAAUGACUGGGAUACCCGGCAACAUCCACAUCAGAAAUUCCACAGUUCAGAUCCUCAAUGGAAGCUUCACGCUGAACUCGGGCGGCACUGCCGGCGCAAUUUCCAUCGAUUCCUCACGUGUCCUGAUUGACUCCAGCAAUUUUGCCAACAACACUGGCGCAGCUGGUGGUGCCAUUCAGGUGCAGGGGCAGUCGUCGGUGGGCGUCACAGACUCAACGUUCCUGGGCAAUGUGAAUGCAAACUCACAGGGAGGCGCGCUCGCUGUUGGCCCUGGUGCCCUGGGAGGAGCUGUGGCAGCCGAGAGCACUCAGUCAACGAUUGGCGGAUGCAUUUUCUCGAACAACACUGCGGCUAGCCAGGGAGGAGCACUGUAUCAGAGCAACACCACCGGAGACGUGACCACAUGCACGUUCAGCGGAAACAAAGCUGCAAACGGAGGAGCCCUGUACCAGAAUCUGGCGCAGAGCAAUGUCAUCCGCACUGCCUUCAAUGAGAACGCGGCAUCUCAGAAGGGGGGUGCACUGUUUUCCACCAGCUCCACAGGGAACAUCAUGAACAGCACAUUUACAUCCAACAAGGCGGUGCAGUCUGGGGGUGGCGUCUUCCAGAAUGACUGCGCAUCCUCAAUCUCCUUCUCUAUCUUCUCCAAGAACGAUGGCGGCAGCGGUGGUGGAGGAGGAAUCUACCGCAAUGCCUGCAAGGGCUUCACAAUCAACUGCAGCUACAUCGAGAACACCAGUGCUCAGGGAGGCGCCAUAUACCAGAACAACUGCAUAUCGAACAACAUCCGUGCCACAGUUUUUAAUGGGAACAAAGCCCAGCAAGGUAGCACGCUGUUUCUGAACAACUCCGUACCGGCCGGCCUGGCGCACGCCUGGGCAGCUCAGCACAGCGUCGCAUACAGCCUGCCGCAGUGUGUGUUGCUGGGCCGCCGCUGCAGGCGCCUGCCGGCAGUGCUGAUAGCCCAUUUGGCCCCCGCCGCGGGGGCCAAUUUAGGCCCGGCGAAAUAG